GUCAGAGGCUGUGAGAAUGCCUCAAUAUCACUGUGAGGAUCUCAAAUAAGGAACUUUUAGAGGAGGCUGUCCUGAUUCUUUUAAACAUGCUACUGUGUGAUAAGGAGAAAGCAGCUGCUUGCAUAACCAUCAUAGCUUCAUGGAUAACUACUGUGCAUGCCUUCAGACUCCCUCAGCUUCCCAAAGAAGAUCAAUGUCAGCAACUGCAGCAAGGUGGAGGACCUUUAUAUACCAUUCAAGGAGAGGCUGUAGUACUCAAAUGCCCAUCUCCAGAAUUCCUGAAUCUGAACUUGGCAGCAGAUCACGGUUUCAGUUUGAAUUGGGUUUAUGAAAAGGACAAACCAGAUGAAGGGCGAGUUGAAGCUCAGGAUGACUUGCUGUGGUUCUUGCCUGCAUUAGUUACAGACUCUGGAGAUUACGUUUGCAUUUUAAGGAAUGCUUCAUACUGUAUUGAAACAACCCUCUCUGUAAAGGUAUAUGAAGGUAAAAGUAACAACCGUGAAAAUAUUGCUUACCCAAACAUGGCUCUCUCCAGUGUUGAUAAGAUCAUUUGUCCUGAUUUAGAUGAGUUUGUGAAAACUACUGGAACUGUGGAGUUGAAAUGGUACAAGGAAUUUUUCCCUUUGUCAUUCGUUGAAGGAAAACACCAGUAUAACAGGGGUGAUAGGUUUCUACUCAUUCGAGAUUUAACUGCUGGAGAUGAAGGAUACUACACCUGUGAACUAACAUUUCCUUACAAAAACACCCAGUAUAAAGUUACAAGGACAAUUCACUUACAGAUUACAGCUGCGCACACCAGACCAAAGAUAAUCGACCCCUUGAACAGCACCAUCGAGGCUGCUCUAGGGUCCAGACUAAUCAUACCUUGUAGAGUUUUCCUUGGACUGCGAUCAAAACAAUAUUCUUAUGUGACAUGGCUGGCUAACAACUCGUACAUUGACCUCCCCAGCGAAAGAGUCAAAGAAGAACAUGACUAUUUGGUCGAAGAAACUGAUGGCAAUUAUGUUGAGAUAGAGCUGACUUUUAAUGAAGUUUGUGAAGAGGAUCUCAGUACAGAAUACAAGUGUGUUGUAUGCAGUGGCUAUGGAUGCCAUGAAUCAACUGUGCAGAUUACACUUGCAGCAGGCCAACCCAUACCAAGAAUAACCUAUCCUUUGAACAGCACUAUUGAAGCUGUUGAAGGCUCCAGUCUAAUUGUACCAUGCAGAGUGUUUACUGUGAUCAAAUCAACAGCUACUACUGAGAUCUCAUGGCUUGCAAAUGGCAUAAAGAUUGAAGACUCUCAAAUGAGCAACCGAGUUUCUCAAGGACCACAGCUCGUGCUUAGAGAACAUGAAGCAGAUUACAUUGAGGUGAAGCUGGUUUUUAAUGUAGUACGAGAUGAGGAUUUCGGCACUGAGUUUAAGUGCGUUGCAAAGAACAGUCAGGGAUCCCACGAAUCGUCUGUGCAGAUCAAUUUAGCAGAUUCCAGUUCCACGUGUGUCAUAGUAGGAUUUUUUGGGACACUCAGCUUUCUCAUAGUUGUUUGCAUAUUUAUGAGCAAUUUUUUCAAACCACGCUGUAAAAAAGAUUAUGUCUUGACUAAAUCAUAGGUAUAUUUCACCAGCUAUGUGAACACUGUAUACCUUGUUUUCUAUUUUAAACAUUUUUUAUUAAAAUAGUACUCAAUUAAACAAUCUGAAGCUCAAUGAAAGAAAGCCAAUUCACUGAGCUGUGCCGAUUGUUAUUUGCCACUGGGAUUGAGUUGAAAGCAAUUCCAAUUCAUUUCCCUUUUUUGCAUUCAUUUAAAUCUAAUAAUCUAACAGCCAAUUAACAAAAGCCUUGAAGAAGAAGGGACACCGAUAUAUUUAGUCCUGUUUUUAAGCUGUGUGUUUGAUGAAUGUAUGUAGCAUAUCACUGUACGACCAAGAACCUUCAUAGUAAUGACAUUGUUUCCCAUCUUUUCACUAUAAAUCUUUGUGUUUUAUUCUGCUGUAAAUUCAAAGCUUUCAGUCCACUGUGUGUAGAACAGUUUUGUUUAAAUACUGUUUUCCAUUAAAACAAUAUUCUGGUUUUAAACUGUCUUAUGGUUUUAAUAUGUAUACACUUACACCAUCAUUUACCCCUAUGAUAUGUAGCCCAUACUUUUGUGCAAAUGGUCUGACUGACCCUUCCAUAACUGAUUAAUUUGUCUAGAAUGUGGUUUUCUUCAAUAUACUGCAUAUAAACUGCAUCGUUUUGUCAAGACGAUUAUCAAUUUCAGUCCUAAUGAGAGACAGAAAAUCUCUUCGCCACUGAUAGUAGGCACUUAGUUUUUCAGGUGCUUUCAUAUACAAGAUAGAUUACACAUUAUUUAUUAGACAUUGAAACUAAGUUAAUAUUUCCAAGAGAAACGAUGCAAGUCUCUUCAUUAAAAGUAAGAAGCUGUUUGAGUAUACAGUACUGUGUGAACAUACUUGUUACAACAUUGUUAUAACCUAUUCCAUCUCAUAGUUCAAAACAACACACUUAAAGGUCUGCACUUUUUGAUGAAUGCGAAAAUAACCUGUUGGUUUCCUUUGUAACGUGUUUUGUAACUGUUUGUACCAUAGGCCCUUGAUGUAAAUGCAUUUUGUUUUGAUGGAAUCAAUAAAGUUUGAUAUUAAUAUGAAA